GUCUGGUUUGGUUUGUUUUUGUGGCGUGACGUGACCCAGCGAUGGAGUGUGAUCAGUCGCAGCUAUGGUGAGAGCGAUGGCGGUCGAGGAAGAAGGCGUUCUGCGGGGACGUUGGUCGCCGUCGUAUGUGGCUGCCAAGAAGGCGUUGACUGGUGCAAAGUCAACGGUCUCCACGAUUGCGAAGCUAAGAGAGGAGCGAAGGAGAUACUUGACCGAGCUAGAGCUCAUACGUUGUGCGGCGGCGGAUUCCCGACGGUGGAGGAAAGAGGAGGAAAAAGAUCUCGAAGGAGGAGGGGGGGGGGGGCAUGGCGCCGACAUUGGGAGUGAGGAGGAAGAAGGGGAGUUUUGGACCGAAGACGAGAGGCAAUCGAUGGACUCGCUGUCGUCUCGGUCGACGAGGAGCAUCAGGCCGAGUGCAGACGUCGAUGCGAUUGCGGAUGUGGGGCAUCAACUUGAAGCGGAGCGGCGGCCACGUGACCCAUCAGCUACAGCCGAAGGGAAUGAUGACAUGGUUAAGCCGUCUGGGUUCGCGAUGGCGGAUGGCUUAGCGACCAGGGCAGAUGUACAACUGUCACGGUCUAGACUGCGGCCGUCGCUGGGCGGAGAGGAUGACAUGGCCGCCGCCAUGUCGGAUGAACUACUGACCAAGACGGCUGAUAUCGGCAUGAUAAAGAGUGGUGGACAUCGAUCGCUUGAGCGUGGUGAUGAUAAAGAGGGAGGAGCUGGGCGAUCGGACGAAGGCAUUGAUAGGGCAGAAGGCGGCGGCGCUAGGAACGUCAGUCUUGCUCCUUCUCGUCUUGUGGCGUCGGCCGCAGUUGUCGCCUUCGCGUCUUCGUCGCAGGCAAGGGGAGCCCGCGGCACCCAGCAAGAAGUCGGGGAUGGCGAUCGCUUCUCUGACGCGGCUGGGCGGGAAGAAGAGAACGGGGACAGUGCCGCAGCUCCUUUUCUGUCUCGUUCUGCGGAAGUUAGUACGACCUCAGGGCCGUCUUUCGCGGAGGGGGGGGAAAGGAGGCACCGCGUCGGGUAUGCGUGCGAGGAGAGUGUUGUCAACGACUUGGAAGUUAAGGGAGCUGCGUGCGAGGAGAGUGUUGUCAACGACUUGGAAGUUAAGGGAGCGGCUGAAGAAGGCCUGCGCUUCCCAGCAAGGAGAGACGAGGGUGAUGGUCACUGCUCAGGCUGUCCACGACCGGUCGCUGCACACCAGGAGCUGCUCUUUGGCUCUGCUCUGGAAGUCCAUACUUGCCGUCCUCAAGGCGACGCGGUCUUCGCCGGCAGCUUUACCAAUACCUUGUCUCGAUUGAUUGACAAUGGGAGCGGGGGGGAGAGAGGUGGCUGUGUUGAGGAGCACUCAGUCGUCUGCGCUACAUCUGUUGAAAUGCAGAGGGGAGGCGGCGCUGUCGGGACCGGUGCACCUGCACCUUACGACUGUGCAGAGAGCAGAAGGAACCUAGGAGAAGGUAGCAGCGACGACGCAGUACAUGCAAAUUUGAUGUCGGUCGCUGGUCCUGAGGGUUCCUUGCUUUGUGGUACUUCCGCGCGCAGUAGUUUUCCUCGUCCUCUCGGUGGUGGUGACGAUGUGCUUUUUCCCGCCAGUUCUGAUUCCCGCCAUUUUGACGAUCCGUCGAGAUCGGGAAUGGAUACCGGAGAGGUGGAUGGGCGACUCGGUGGCUCAGUGGCGACGUCAUCUCACAGACCUGAACGCUCACCUGAAUUUUCGUUGCCGCCGGCACUCGUGCCACGUGGCGCUGGUGGAGAGGCCAGCGAGCUUCUGCUUGGCGGCGUCGCCGCGGAGAGGGAUGAUUUCGCGCUUGGCGGGGCUUCUUCUUCUUCUCGAGGCGAAGUCAAACGCCUGCGCGCUUCUAUGACUUUGACCAACUGCCCUCCUAAUGCCUGUCUGCGCAAUCGAAGUACAACAGCCAGCGAUAAUCCGACGGCUGACAACUGGUUGGAGGACUAUGGCCUGCACAGCCAACGGUCGAAAGAGCGGGUGGCGGCGGCGGCUGAGCGUCUGUUACCCGAGCGGGGCGAUUCGAUGCUUGCAGCUGAUGGAGAGGCAUUGUCUUCUCGGGACGGUUUCUUGCAAUCAUCGGCUCAGUCGCCAUCUGCUUCGAAGAGGAAGGAUGGUUCACGUUCUGAUUGCGAGGACAACGAUGAGGGGGAGAAGGAGAAGAGGGGGAUGCAGUUGCGCCUGGGAGAGACGAUGGGAGCAGGAGAGGACAGGGGGGACGGUACCAGGGCGAUUCAAGAAGGAACUUCCACCGCCUCCUCGGAGGUUUUGGCGCUGGUAACCGAUAUGGCCUUAAAAAUUAAGACUGCGCUUCAGACGUUGGAUCGGACGGCAAGCGAGAGAAGGUUCUUCCGCUCCGCUAAUAACAGUGGUGAGGACACUCCUCCCACUGACAUGAUAGCAGCAGUCGCCGGAGCAAGUGUGGCUGUUGAGUCAGCAUACGAACAUACAGCAGCAGCAGCAGCGACGGCGACAUCGGCCCUUAGAAAGACGGGGGCGAGACUCGACAUUGUGGGUUCAAAACCGGGAGAUUUAGGAGGAGGCGGUGGAGGGGAGGGGGACACAGGAGGAGAAGCAGGCAGGAAUGCAGCAGCAGCAGCAGCAGCAGUACCAGCAGCCGUAUCAACAGCAACAGCGGGAGGAAGAGGAGGAGGAAGAGGAGGAGGAGGAGGAGGAGGAGGAGGAAGAGGAAGAGGAAGAAGAGGGAGGGGAAGUGGAGGAAGAGGAGGCGGGGCCGGCAGGGGGGGAGGAGCUGUACGCCAGAGCGAUGAUGCUGAUGGCAUCAGCAGCAGUCAGUCGGCAGCUUUGCGGUUACUACCAGAGCGGGGUAAAAAGGGAGGUGGUGGGAUGGAGGAGAGAGCUCUUGCGUGGGGAAGUGUGGAAUCAAAAGGAUCGGAUUACUUUGCACAAGAAAUUGAUAGGAAGAUGUGGAGGACAACAGCUCUCCGUGGCGAUGGAACCAAUGGGGAUCGCGCUGACGAUGGUGGUCGGGAUUGUGGGGAUGACAGUCAAUCUGGAUGGGGAUUUGGAUCUGCUGCUGUAGUUGUAGGUCGGGAUUGUCGUCCUGAUGUCACAAAGGUGGAUGUGAAAUUGGAACAAGGAAGCCCAAGACCCAGUCGACGGAACAAGACGGGUGAGGCUGCUGCUGCUGCAGCUGCUGAGGAGUCCCGACCGGCGGCCGUUGGAAAUGCGCCUGGGGGGGACAGCAUCCGAUGCUCGGCGCGCAGUGUACCUUCGUCUUCUUCUCACCACAGAGUCUCGCUUCGGGGGGGGUAUUCGGAACUGGUGGGGGUUGCAGAUGAUCAGGGAUGCUCGGCGUGCAGUGAUCGGCGUGCUUUACCAGCACAGUGUAGCAAAGGUGGUGCUGUUGAGGAUUGCACAGUUGCAGGCAAACGUGAUGAUUAUGAUGGCGAUUGCCAGGAGGAGGAGGAGGAGGAGGAGGAGGAGGAGGAGGAGGUGGUGGCAAAAGAGGAGGUGGCUGGGGAGAGGGUGGUGAGGAGGAAACGUCCUGAGGCUUCUGGAAAGCUAGGCGGCUCUCGAAACAAAUACAUUCCCUCUGCCAAAAAUGCUGAUGGAAAAGCCAAGCAAGCUGAAGGAUCGGCCAAGAUCGACGGUGGCGCUGAUGUGAGGGAGGAGAGGAAGAAGAAGAGUGUCAUUGAUCGGACGGUGAAGAAGACUGCAUUGUCGACAGCAGCAGCUGUGCGUCCCGUAGUGGGAGCUCAGCCAGCCGGCAAAAGAGCCCGCCUGAAGGUCCAAGCUGAUGGGUCUGAGCGUGGUGCAGAGCCGUUAGUUGAAAGUCGAGGAACGAAAAGGGAUGAGGGACACGUGGCAGCAGUACAUGCGCCGAAGGAUGAUGUCCACGUGGCAGCAGCACAAGCGGUGGAUGUGCGUCCUUCGCAGGGCGAUAGCGAUGGUUAUGACGUCAACAGAAAUUGUAAUGCCAAGGACACCAGGGCACCGCCACGGCGCAGUGCCAGGAUUGCAGUUCGUGCCCGCCCUGCGGUACCUCCAAGACCCAAGAGAUUCAGCAGACGGACGACUCCAGCGGCAUCAAGUACGACAUUGACAGUACAAGACACCACCGGAGAUCUCCCCGCAUGCCCGGUCCGAGAGGCUAGCGAGCCUUUGGCUGACUAUCGUGGGCGGCUACAGGCAUUUACAGACGCCGUAGCCGCCGCCGAGGCUCAGAAGGCUGCGGAAGAGGCAGAACGUCAGCGGCUGGCCAAUGAGGCGGCAGCCGAAGCUCAGCGGACAGCUGAGACUGACGAAGCGGCACGAAACAGACGGAAUGCCGCCAGCACGGAGUCCCUGAUUGCUAGUGAGCAUCAGUGGACAACGGUACUCCAAGGCAUGAUCUUUGUGCCUACGGAAACGCAGGCGGAGCCGACACAGGCGGAGGCAGAGAGAAGUAACCUGGCUACCGUGAUGUUGAACGUAAUGAGGGGAGUAAUGUGGAACAACAAACUACUGCAGGCACACCUGCACGCGGAACGACAACAAAAACAGCAGUACCAGCAAGACCUGGCCGCUGUAACGGCCAGCGUCCGCGACGCAGCAAUGCAGCAGCAGCAACAGCAACAGCUGAUGAACUCUACCAUCGCACGCAUCAAAGGCAUUGAGGCCAAGGCCUCAACAACGCCAGGCUGCACGACAGUCGCGACGAAGCAAAUCAAUGAACGCAUCGAUCACGUCGUCACCAUCAUCGGCGACAUAGUACCGACUCCGUUGAUGGACGCCGGGGUAGAGGUUGUCGACCUUCACGCCUACAUUGCGAAGAUCGACCGCGAGUUCAAGACGCAACGGCCCGCACGAAGUAGUACCGGAUCGGCCCAUCCGCCCCGAGAUUAUCCUCGAGGAGGGGGCGUACCUCCGCGCGGUUGCAUCUACCGAAUGAGCAAGGAAGAGUUAAGUGUGCUUCGGGCACAACUCGACAACCUUCUGGAGAAAGGCUGGAUUCGGCCUAGCUCAUCGCCAUACGGUGCUCCUAUUCUCUUCGUCCGGAAGAAGAACAAGGAUUUGCGGUUGUGCAUCGAUUAUCGCAAGCUCAACGCGCAGACGAUCAGAAACGUUGGCCCUCUCCCACGCAUCGACGACCUUCUCGAGCGACUGGGCGGCGCCAAGUUCUUCUCCAAGCUGGACCUCAAGUCGGGAUAUCACCAACUCAAGAUUCGCAAGGAGGAUCGCUACAAGACCGCGUUUAAGACGCGAUAUGGGCAUUUCGAAUGUCUGGUUAUGCCAUUUGGCCUUACGAAUGCCCCGGCCACUUUCCAAGCGGCUAUGACAACGGAGUUCCGACACAUGCUAGAUCGAUACGUACUUAUCUACCUCGACGACAUCCUGGUGUACAGCCGGAGUUUGGAGGAGCAUGUGGAACACCUGCGCACCGUUUUGGAGCGGCUACGACAGGCCAAGUACAAAGCCAACCGCGACAAGUGCGAAUUCGCGCGGAAGGAGCUGGAGUACUUGGGCCAUUAUGUGACGCCGCAAGGCAUCCAUCCGCUCGCGAACAAGAUCGAGGCCCUACGAGUAUGGCCCGAGCCCACCAACACCACGUUCGUUCGUUCAUUCAUGGGAUUGGCGGGCUACUAUCCACGAUUCAUCACCGGAUACUCGAGGAUUGCUGCACCUAUGACGAGAUUACAAUCGCCAAAGCUGCCAUUCGUAUUCGCUGACGACGCACGCCGGUCAUUCCAAGCACUUAAGUUGGCUAUGCUCAUGGCACCCGUCCUUAGCAUCUAUGACCCCACCCUGCCGAUGAGAGUGACUACGGACGCUUCCGGCUAUGGCAUUGGGGCAGUCUUGGAACAGCACGACGGCGACGACUGGCACCGUGUGGAGUAUUUCAGCCACAAAGUGCCUCCCAUCAACUCGCUUGAUGAUGCAAGGAAGAAGGAGCUGCUCGCAUUCGUGAUGGCUCUCAAGCGCUGGCGGCACUUCCUCCUUGGGUGUCGUAGGUUCACAUGGGUUACGGACAACAAUCCAUUGACCUACUACAAGACGCAGGAUACGGUGAGCAGCACGAUCGGACGAUGGAUGUACUUCAUCGACCAAUUUGACUUCACACCGAAACAUCUACCCGGCCUCUCAAAUCGCACAGCAGAUGCACUCUCGCGAAGACCUGAUCUUUGCGCUAUGACACAUCAUGCCUUCGCAUCCGAUGAGGAGCUUCAGCGACACUUCAUGGGGGCAUAUGAGUCUGAUCCGGACUUUGCCACGCUAUAUGCACAGCUAUCUUUGGAUCACCUGCCGGCCAGCCACUAUCGCAUUGCCGACGGGCCGUAUCUUCGCCGACCUUCUCCUCCCUCGACCAUCCGACAUGCCGCUUGCUCUCCCGCUUCCGUCCGAAAGUACAGGGAAUUGCUGACUCAAGCCCGCGCGAAUAUGCAAAAGGCUCAAGUCCGCAUGCAGCAGCAAGCCAACAGGCGUCGCAUGCCAUGUCCCAUCCGAGCCGGUGAUCUGGUUUGGGUCUCCGUGGAAGAGUUUGCACUGGAACAGGAUGUUUCACGCAAACUGCUUCCCAAGUGGUUUGGACCAUGGUCUGUGACAUCAGCCGCGGGCGAUGAGCUCGAUGGCCCUUCAUUUGUGAUCAACAUUCCCGAGCAUCUGACGGUCCAUCCAGUCUUUCACGCCUCGAAGCUGGCAACAUACACGCCAGCUAAGAGCGACGACUUUCCGGGCCAACGAUCGCAGGACCCUCCAUCUAUGGAUGGUCAUCAGGAGGUUGACCGCGUCAUCUCGGAUCGCAAGUACGGCAGCAAGCCGCGACAGUACAAAGUUACAUUCAGAGCAUGCGAUCCCGACGACACUCGGUGGAUUUCAGGAGCAGAUUUGAAAGGAUCCGCACCGCUGAUCUACGCUCACUACGAGCGACAACGGUUAGCUAAGGGACCUCCACGACCAGCCCCUCCCACCCGGACUGUGGUCCCUCCCUCAGACAGACAGCUUCGCCCUUGCAGUGCUAAUGCCAGUCUCCAAGGAGGAUGCCGUGGGAUGAGUGGUUUUGGACCUCAGCCUCAGCAGGGAGGGCCUCGUGGCUGUGGAAACGCCAUUGCUGACAUGAUGGGAGAUGGAGGGAAACUGCGGUUAGCUCAGGUUUUGCUGGAGAGGGCAAGAAUGGCUGCAGAGGAUGUCUGGGCUUCGGUGGGCAUGUUGCAGGUGAUGCAAAGGGAUGCACUUGGGGGCCGUCAUAUAGCAGGUGAAGCAGCGUAUGAGCAGCAGCCGGGGGAAGGUCGUGUAAUGGGAGGAGGAAGCACUUCACUGUUGAGCACAGCAGGGCUUGAUAGGGCAGCGAUGGGCUUCCUUGACAAGUCUUCCAAACAGGAAGGUAGCCGUAACACGUGUGGUGAUUUGAAGUCAAAAGUUAUUGGUGGUGGACCAACAGGCACCAAUGCCUCCCCGAUGCGCACAUACGAUGACAGUAUAGGUGCCCAGGUGUAUGACCACCGGCCAGGAGGCGAAUGUCCUGCCGCAGAGAACCAGGCGAAGAGCAAGGGCGGCGAUCGCACGAGGACAGUGUCAUCUACUGGAGAGGACAUACAAGAGAUGCUCGACAAAAAGUUUGGCGAGUUUUAUAACAUAUGUGAGGAAUUCCAUUCUGAGAUGUUGACGCUAUGGAGAUCACAGAAGGUGGAAAAUAAAGCCUUAGAUGCGGAGUCUGGCCAGAGGAAGAAGAAACCGACCAAAAUCACAAGGAAGAGGGCGUUGGGAUCCCUUCCUGAAGGUCAUACGGUGGAUGAGGUCAUGAAGGCCGUGAUCAACCAGAGAAAGGAGAUGGCAGAAUUGAGAGAUCAGGUACAGAAAGCACAUAUAGCUCUGCGAGACGUUGUCGGAGAUUCCAAAGGGCAGUUUGGGAAAAGACCACAGCAAAAUAUGGACAUCAUGGUUAAUAGCAACAGGUUGCCGCCAGUGGACUACAUCAGAGAUGGUGUCAGAAAGCAAUUCAGUGAUCUUGAUAUAGCUCGAGCAGCAGGGGGCCUUGUAAGGGGAAUAGAGAGGCUGUGCGCAAACCAGUCCUCCUCAGUGGGCAGACAGUUGGAUAGAAGCAGAGGUAUGGAGAGGAGUCGUGGAGUGGGUGAUCAGAGCGGGAGUACGGCAGGAACCUGUGACAUGAGGGCGACUGGGGCAACGAAGCUUUUUCCUAUUCAUGAAGGGAAAGUGGUCCAAGCUGGAAGUGAACUGGAUUAUCCUGGUGCUGUUGGCUGUAGACACUGCGGUUCCGGCUGCAGCAAUUUACUUAGUACUAUUGUUGUGGGAUGUGGCCAAGGUGAUGAAGUACCUAUGAUCCCCUUGCAUGCGGGGAAAGGAAGAGGAAGUGACGUUAAAGCUUUGUCUGUCCAGUCAAUUUUGGGUAAAACCCUUGACGAUUGGUACGCAAAGGUAGUUCAGGGUUCUGAUGAAGAACUGGACUCGUGCCACCAGUGCAAACAAAACAUAGUGAGAAAAAGGCGAGUGGAUGUUCUCUCUUGUGAGCCAAGUGUUGUGAAGGGGAUCGGAGGGGGGAGUACGCAUAGCAAGAAGCGGCGGAGCAUACCCUUGUUCGACUCAGUUCCGAAAAAACCUCUCAAAGUUCAAACUGGAGUAGCAGUGGAACAGGGAAGCGCAUCUGAGGGAAGAAACAAUCAAGUGGCUGACGGUAAAGUGUCUGUGAGGGCGCCAUUUCAGUUGCAGGAACAUGUCGAGGGGCACAGCAUUGAUGCCAUGAAACAAGUGAACAAGGGUGGAGGUGACUCUAGAGUAGAUGGCAUGAAGGCCAAGGCAGUCCCGCUGACAUCAACACCAACCUUGGAGCCAGAUAGGCAGAAGGAGAACGGGAAGGAGUGUGAUGGAGGAUGCAGAAAGUCGAGCCGUCAGGAGCAAGACGAAUGUGGAGAGAAGGAUAAGAAGAAAGGCUUUUUGGACGGGGAUGUGGGAAUGCAGUAUCCUGCUUUAGGUGACUUGGGCAUUAGAGGAGGGAGAGGUGAUGGUGUCAAGUUCAAACGGAGGCAUAGCUUGACUUUCUGUGAUCCAGUGGUUGCAGGGGAGGUAGGUGGGACUGACAAGAGUGGGUGCAGUGACUUGGAAAUGAGUGUGACAAAGAGUGACAUUCUUGAAUUGACUGGGGUCGUUGGGGGUGUGGGUGGGGGAAGGCGAGGGCGUGUUCUGAAGCAAAAUUGGUUUUUGAUGCGGAGUCUGGCAGCUCCUGGUUGGCGUCCAGGAUUCCGGCGUGGCAUGGAUGUCAGAUCAUCCUCCAGUGUGAGGAGGAGGAUAUGCCUACGGCUGAGGGGGCAUGGAGAGACUCCUGGGAGGAGACAAAAGUUAGUCAAGAAACCUGUGCUGAAGCGGAGGACAUUGGCCCAGGUCAGGUCACACAGUGCUGCGAGAGCUGAUCGGGCGAAAGGAACGGCGAGACGUAAAGAGCAAAUUGCGGAGCGGGGAAAUGAACUUCAAGGCGAUAAGAAUGGUAUGACAAAGCUUGCAGAGAGAAGGGUGCAUGCUAGGAGUGAGAUAGAAAGAGCCCGGGUUUGGGAAGCUGGUGGAGGGCAGGGUCAGAGGGAUAUUGACUGGUGGGGGGUGAAGAAGAGUGGUGGUGGGAAAAAGGCCUCUAAGCAUCGGAGUCAGAGUGCUGAUCGAUCCCUGAAACCAUUUCUGAAGACACCAGAGCACCUCACAGCGGAUGAGGCAGUCCAACGGGUUGCCUCAUUAAUAAUGCAAGAGGUUGUGAGGCGUGCUGACACUGAGAAAGAUAGGGUUACUGGGAGUACUUCCCUUGCACAAAGGAGCGGAGAUAUGGCACAACCUGAUGCAGCUGGCCUGGGGAUGCUGAAUUCUGUAACGAGAGGACUUGAGGAGGUGACUGUUAGGUUGGAUGGGAGGGGCAAAGUGGAGCGAGGGAGGACUGAUGAUUAUGUCAAAGGAUGUGCGGAGGGGAUUAGAACGGGGCUUGAUCGAGAGGAAGAACUGCAGCAUGUUGGAGAAGACAAAGGUUUUGACAGGCGGGUCGAAUCUCAGACGGCAAUCAGUUUGCCUGGAACGGGAACUGUACAAACAGGCAGAUCGCAGAUGGGUCUUGCAAGUCCAGGUCAGGUGGAUCAACCAUGUUACACAGGGGUGCAAGGAGAAAGGCUUAUCCCAGUUGGAGUGAAACGGGUCAGACGAAGUCAGCAAGAAUCUCAAGUAAGAACAGGGCAUGAGGCUGCCUCGAAGCUGUCUGGAACAGGUUUGGGCAGUGGUCGGUUUGAAAGCUUGCUUUCUCCCACUUUUCAAGGGAGUGGUGAAGCAAGAGGAUUUGAAACAGGCCUUCAGAAGGGAUUUAGUGCGGGGUUAUUUCAACAACCAGUUGAAAGGGUUUUCAAGGGAGAUGGCUUGGGAAAUGCUGGCCUAAAGCAGAAAGUGUCAAUGCUAUCACCAACUAAGAUUGGUGCUUCCUUUAAACAACAGGCAAGAAAGAGCAACCCCGGUUUCACAGCUUUUCAAGACCCUGUUCCCAGUGGUUGCACAACAGAUCUGAGAGACAAGGGUAGUGGAGGCCUUGGAAGUGGAAUCUGGAUACUGCCAGGAGUUGGUGACCCCUUACAGCCAACAGCAACGAGUCAGAAGUCUGGAGGAGGACAAUGGACAGACAAUAAGGGUGCGCAGAGGGCUGUGGAACAGGAGUCAUCUACCAAGGAACACGAGGAAGCAGGGGUAGAUGAGGGGAGUCCUGAUGUUGGCAAGACCUUCCUGCGAAAGGAAAUGAGCAGGGAGGAGCUAUUGACAGCAUUAAUAAAUGACUUGGCUCGGUUGGGGGCUGGCUCUCCCCUGAGGGGUUACGGGACGGUAAAGGACCACAAGGACUUUGAUUUACUCUCGCAUAAGGAUCCGAACAAUAAUUAUCAACAAUUUGCAAAAGAGAGUGCUCUAGAAGGGGAGGGGUGGCAAUGCAGUAGUGUGGUGGAACAAGUGCCAGAGAAAAAGAGCAUCAUGGAAGGGUCACCUAUGUGGAGACCUGAGGGUGCGGAUGAGGCUUGGAAAUCUGAGCCUCCAGUCGCAAGACCAUUGCAUAGGACCUUCUUGGGACGAGCAGAGCAAUGUUCCCAGGGUCUUAACAGUGCUGGGAUGAAAUCACGAGCAAAUGGAGCUGCACAGCGGGAGGAGUCGAUGAAAGGAAUGGGUGUGGAUUCCACCAGCAAGGUGGUGGCUCUCCAGGUUGGAGGACAGACUUCUGGCUGUUACAAUCGAGGGACAAAUUGGACUUCUAGCUGUUACGAUCGAGGGACAAAUUGUAGGUCUUCGCCUGCAUCAGCAUCGUCAUUUCGAUCUGUGCUCAAUCUUUCCAGCUCUCGUGUAGAAAAUGUGAUCUGUUCCCCACCCUCUUCUGUGGUGGACAAGCUGAGGUCUAACUUUUCUGGCUUCUCAGACCCAGCCAUCGAAUUGGGAUUAGGGAAGGUCGCCAAUAUCUCUGCUGGAGGGGAAUAUGGCAGCUUCAGCUCUGCUCUGCAUGGUCUUACUGGUAGAGGAGGGCAGUAUGAUGUAUUUCAAUGCCAGUAUUUUGCUGAAUCAGGCGGUAAGACUAGUGGAAUGCAAGAGCAACUCUGUCAGGGAACAGAUGCUGCUUCCAGUUUUUCAAACUGGACGUGGAAGCCAUCUUAUGGGGCCCCUUGUGUCCGUCCUGCACCUGUAGAUGCUUCUGAUCAUGCCAAACAGCUCAUACGAGGAGGGGGAGGUAUUGUGGGAGGACGUGACUUGUUCGAGUCUUGCCUAGAAGCACAACAGCGCCCAAGGAUGGACCAUAUGAUGGGAAGUGUAUUUUCCCGACGAAAAACAACUAUGGACCCCACAAGUCCGAAUCAAGAUCAAACGGAGAAAAUGGAUUUGAGGGAUAACCACAUAGUGGUGGGUGCUAGUCCAACAGCACGGCAGUGCGUCUCACGAGCUUUCGGAGUGCGGCAGCGACAGCACUGCUUGCUGCAGGUUAAUGAACAGGUUGCAGUGAAGGAGAGGCCAGAGAAGGAUGGCUGGAGCACGUUUGAUAGCAGUGGCUCUUCACGGAGGCUACAAGUUCGUGAUGCUGCCUGUGAAUCGGUGGCCGAUAUGUCCCAGGUAUCUGUAAAUGGAUCGCGAUCACAGCAGGUGCAGACACUAAUCACUACGGGGCAACAGCAUGCUAAAGUGGUCAAUGCCAGCAUUCAGGUUGAAAUCCCAGCAUCAGGGAAGCCAGACCUAAUGGCAAGUCCUAAGCUGCACACUGUCCACCGAGCUGCAACAAGUUCCACUGAACUGGGUGGGGCGACUGGUGUGCAGGGCCAGCAAAAGAUGUCUGCUCACAUUUUGCCACUGAAUUGGGGAGAACAUGCAGUUAUGACCUAUUACAAGGGAAAGGACGGUAACCCUUUUGUUGAAGUGGACCAAAAACUUUCUACAGCAUCUAAUCAACACACCGGAAAGGCUAUUGGCAUCAGUGGUAGAGUCCCUGUAAGAUUCGUUGAGCCCUGGAUGGUUCCCAGGUCAAGUGGCAUGGAAAUUGGGCUAUGCAGGCCUCCACAUAUUGAUCCUGUGUCUUUUUUCACAGGCCGAGAUUUGUAUGUACCACAAACAGGGAAUGAGAGCAUCCCUACCCCAGUUAGCAAGGAGCAAGGGGAAUCGGGCAUUGACAGACUUCCGGCACCGUCGGACGUUGUCAUACCAUCAAGGGUGUUGCUGGCAGGACGCUUAGGAGCAGCUGCAGCUGGAGUAAGAAGUGAUCAUGCGGCGAAAUCACCAGCCAGAAAGAUUCAGAGUACGCAGGGGGAUGAGAAGGCUGGGAAAGACAUCACGUCAUCAUCAGAAUCAGAGGAGCAUGUGUGGUGCACUAGGGGGAGGUCCCCAUCUCAUCGAGAUGCUGCAAUUGGAACUGGCAGAAAUUUUGCUGCUUCAAACAUGCAUUGGAGAAAGGAUAGGGCUACAACCUGGAAGAGAGAACGUAGGGCAGAGUCCCCUCCAACACCUCCCACUCCAAGCAGUCCAUCCUCUGACUCAGGGAUAGAAAGGCACUUGGCUUUGCUAGGGCUCUGGGAAAGGCCACCAACAAUGAAGCAUAGGUGGAACACAUGUGCAAGUGCCCAGCCUGUGGCUUCUGCUGCAGAUGGUACCAACCUAAUAGGGAGGAUGGAGGCAGCCAAACCACCAGAUGGAGUACGGGAAUGCAAAAUGACAUCCAUAGAGGAAGAGCACGUUGAUUCUGGCAAAGGGAAUGACCGUGAGAACAUAGAGCAGCACGAGAACCUGGCAAGGGGUGCGCAAGAGAGGAUACAAGAAAGAUGCUCGAAAAAUGAUGCUGAAGAUGGGAAGGAGGAGAACAAAGCAACACCAGAUGCAGAGGUAGAGAGGGUCCAUGGCUUGGAGAGAGAUGUUGGACACGGUGUUACUGAGAACCAACAGGAAGUAGGUGGGGAGGUGAAAAGUGAGUCAUCCCAGCCAAUAGAAAACAGUGGGCAGGCACUGAGUGUUGUAAGCAUGGAGGAAAAAAAGGAUUCUGGUUUAGGUGGUCAUCUUAUAAAGGGAUCAAAUCAUGAAAUUCAGGAAGGUUUGGCGGAGAAGGAAGAUGAUCACCCCACAUUGAUGGAUAAGGGUCCUUAUCAGGACAGUAAGAAGAGUAUGGUUGGUAAAGGUGAUCUUGCUCAAGCAAAAUCGAGUGACAAUUUUGAGACAGGUGUCACAAAGUGGGAAAUCGCUUGUGAGAUGGUGAAAAAGGAAGCACCAAUCAGCUUUGUUCAGCAGAAUGAAUAUGGUUCAGGAGAGGAACCAAUCAUGGUUCAGCAUUACGACCAUGGUCCAGGCAAGGAACAGAGGAAUCUUGAGCAAAGGAGUCGAGGAAAGCAACCAAUUAGACAAGAGGCCCACAGGCAGCGGAUGAGGUCAACCUUGAUGAAGAUAGGCAGAAAGAGAUCUGUAAAUCUUGGUAAUUUUGGUAGCAUGGUGUCUUCUGCAUCUGGCAGUGCAGGAAGCAUGUCGCCUGGGGAGGUCAGAUUGCCAGACCAGAACAAGAACCGACCUCUCAAUACAAAGUACAAGAUAACACAGCGGAAGACUUAGAUACGAAUGAUCCGAACAAUCAAUAUUGCAAUGCAGC